ACACGCGCAGUAGGACGCUAGCCGGUAUUCAAUCUUCAAAUCAGCGCCGCGAGAAGUGCUGGCGGUGGCUGCCCCCCAGUCUCUGGACAACGCUGUGACUGAUCCCAGGCUUGGAGCCGGAGCUGCGAGCGAGGCAGUGAAAGGGUGGCAGGUAUGGCUUUGCUGGACUCGGAGGACUUAAGAGAAAGGCGGGGACUGGCUUCUAGGUUUACCCUACCGAAGAUAAAACUUUACAGUCUCCAAGUGCAGUGACUUCAGGUUUGGAUAUGUGGGUCCUGUUCAACUCGAGUAACUGAGAGAAAGCGAGAGUUGGACUCCAACUGGCAUUGGGUAGAUGCCCAGGGAUCUGGGGGAACUGGGAGAGGCUCAAUUUGCAUUCCCGCUCUUGUAGGUCAAGGUCACUGUGUAGGAGUCUGUUCAUCUAACGGUACCUUUUCUGGUUCCAAAAACAUAGUUGGCCCGACCGGAGCCUGCCACAAUUUUAAGCUAUUUCAAGGAAUCCGGUGGAAACUGUAAGCCAUUUCAAGGGAUCCAGGAAGAAAGCAUUCUUGAGAAACUGCUAUGCAUUCGAAGGGUAUUCUCAGCAAUCAUUUGAAGUAAAUGCUAUUACCAUUUUGCAUGUGAAUUAACUGAAGCUGAAAGGUGAAAUUACUUGCCUGGACUCACACAGCCUAGUAAGUGGAAGAACUGAGAUUCAAACUCAGAUGCAUUUUCUCCAGAUUUCAUUCUUUUUUUUACAGUAUAGCAUUCCUACAUAAAACAGAGUUGGGUUUAUUCUCCUGAAAUAUUUGAGCAAUGAAUGCUGAGUAAAUUUCGAUUUGUGGUCAUUUUGUAGAGUCUCUUGGUGUAUCUGCAGAUCUUCCAGUGCAGACUGUGUAAAUGAAGAUGGGAGUCCCUGGUUUGCCCAUUGUACCCUUUCUAGAGCCCCAGCAGUCCAAGCUCAUAGAAGAUGGGGAGUUCCUACAGAGAGAAACAUUUGGAGUUUAAACUGAAGGAUCCAGCUAAAAAAAAAAAACAAAAAUCUCUUCCUGGGUCCCUGAAUCCAGCCUUCUCAAGAAAGCCCAACCUAAUUUGCAAUCUCUUAUCCCAGCUUCAGAGUAGAAACCAGACAAUCACAGGAAGGAAUCAUUUUUAGACUUAUGGAGCUUCAGAGGCCAAACUUUUAAGUUAGUUUUUCAACUCAUUCAUUAUUUCUUCAGGAUACAUUUCUGGGAGGAAAAAAAAAAAAAAUAACUGUUUCAAGAGGAACCACUUGGUGUUAGAUCAGUAGGACAGAAACAUACAACAUCUUUAUCUAAGCUCCAUAUAUUCCUAACAAUCACAAGUAGAGAUCUGUGCUCAUGGAACAUGGACUUUUCUCUCUUGCUAGAAAUGUCUUUCUCCCACACUAGGUAGCAUUUUCUGAGGCUGCAGUGUGGGUACUUAUGGUCUGAUAGAGCGGGGUUCUACUUUGCAUGCAGUCCUGGUAUCUCAGGUCUUUCUAUUCUCUUCCCCAUUUCUGCUUUCAUAGAUUUCUGUGUAAGAGCUGCAGAAAAUGAUCAACUUCCAGUGAACAUGAGAUGAUAUUAAGGAGCUGCCUUGAUUCUCUUGCAAGUUCGCUAAUGAUGCACACUUUAGUUUGAAGAUGAAUGUGCUGUUACAGGAAUCAGUGACAUUCCAGGAUGUGGCUGUGGAUUUCACCGCAGAGGAGUGGCAGCUGCUUGAUUGUACUGAGAGAACCUUGUAUUGGGAUGUGAUGUUGGAGAACUAUAGAAACCUCAUCUCAGUGGGAUGUCCAAUUAACAAAACAAAAGUGAUCCUCAAGGUAGAGCAAGGACAAGAGCCAUGGAUGGUGGAGGGAGUGAACCCACAUCAGAGCUCUCCAGAAUCGGACUGCCCACUUGAUGAACCAGGGAAGCAUCGGGAAAGCAAAGACAAUUUUUUGAAGUCAGUUUUGCUCACAUUCAAUAAAAUUCUGACUAUGGAGAGAAUCCACCAUUAUAAUAUGAGCACAAGUCUUAAUCCAAUGAGAAAAAAAUCAUAUAAAUCAUUUGAGAAGCGUUUGCCACCUCAUUUAGACUUAUUUAAUUACAAUAGAAGUUAUACUGGAGACAACGCUUAUGAAUGCAGUGAAUGCGGCAAAGCCUUCAAAAGGAAGUUUCAUUUCAUUAGACAUGAAAAAAAUCAUACAAGGAAAAAACCUUUUGAAUGCAAUGACUGUGGAAAAGCCUAUAGCAGGAAGGCACACCUUGUAACUCAUCAGAAAAUUCAUAAUGGAGAGAGACCCUUUGUGUGCAAUGAUUGUGGGAAGGCGUUUAUGCAUAAAGCCCAACUCGUAGUCCACCAGAGACUUCACACUGGAGAGAAGCCUUAUGAGUGCAGUCAAUGUGGGAAAACAUUCACUUGGAACUCCUCAUUUAAUCAGCACGUGAAAUCUCAUACACUUGAGAAGUCAUUUGAAUGUAAGGAAUGUGGGAAAACCUUCAGGUAUAGUUCAUCCCUUUAUAAACAUUCCAGAUUUCAUACAGGAGAGAAACCCUACCAGUGUAUCAUAUGUGGCAAAGCUUUUGGCAACACAUCUGUGCUUGUUACACACCAAAGAAUUCACACAGGAGAGAAGCCUUAUGGAUGUAUUGAAUGUGGCAAAGCCUUCAUCAAGAAGUCUCAUCUCCUCAGACAUCAGAUAACUCAUACAGGAGAGAAGCCCUAUGAAUGUAACAGAUGUGGGAAAGCAUUUUCCCAGAAAUCAAAUCUUAUUGUACAUCAGAAAAUUCAUACAUAAUAUUCACUUUAUGAAUAUGAGGCUUUAUUAAAUAUUUGCUAAAUCUUAUUAAAUACUAAAGAAUUCAUGGUGAGAAGUCUACAGUUUAAAUGAAUUUGGAAGAGUAGAUUCCCAUAAAAAUCAAUCAAUGCCAAUCAUGUUCUGGAAGUGUUAAUAAACUUUUUACAGAAAACAUGACAGAAAACAACUAUAAAUAAUAGAGCAUAAAGCUUAGAAAGUAAGCGUAACUUAAAUAAUCAAAGAACCAGUGGAAACUACAUUUGCAAUUCCUGACUUUUAAUUUUUAUAAUAAAAUAAAUAUGCAAGUGUGAGUAUAAAAUAUAUGCUUAUACAUUAUAUUAAAUUAUGCCUAUUAAGAGUUUCUGCAGUAAAUAACAUUUUUUCUUCCAGUCUUAACAUGCAUAAUUAAGUGAGAAAAUGUGGUUUAAUAUGUCGUGUGAAUUUCAGUAAUACUUUCAUCCAUUUGCUGGCACUUUUAAUGGGCGUGACAGUGUUACUGAAUCUGAGUCUCCUUUAAUUAUACAACUGAAGACUUCUUAUUAAAAUUCAUAUAAAGAUGUUUUCCUAUGUAUGUAAAUACCAGAACAAAAAAUUUAACAAGACACUAAUUGAGGAGAGAAAGGUACUUGUAUUCUGUAUUACAAUAAGUAUUCAGUUGAGGAAAAUAAUUAAAUAUGUAAAUAAUUUGCACUUCAAAUA